AUGGCUUCGCAAGGGUGUGGCCUUGGCCCCGAACAGUGCACGCCGGGACAAAAAGCUGGUGUUCAAGCGGAUCCAUCAACGGCGUCGAACAACAAGAAUGCAGAUACAGACACAAAAACAGAUGCAGAUAAAGCCGCAGCUGAACCAGAGCCAGAGUUGCCGAAACUGUCUGCCCAGGAUUUCCGCGAGUAUAAUCGCCUGGCCGUCAUGAUGAAUGCCUAUCACAACCAUUUCCGAUACACGUGGAAUCUCCUGUACAAGGCGUGCACGUCCGGGUCGCGACCCGCGGGUAUGUCCAUCCGCAGCUUCAUCUCGCAGGGCCUGCACCUGUGCCACUCGCUGACGAUCCACCACACGAUCGAGGAGCAACACGUCUUCCCCGAACUGGCCGAGCGCAUGCCCGCGUUCGGCGCCCACGACCACCUCAUCACCCAGCACGAACAAAUCCACGAAGGGCUCGACAAGUUGGAGGAGUAUCUCGACGCGUGCCGGAGCGGGGAGAAGGAGCUGCGCCUGUCCGAGUUGAAGGAGAUCAUGGACUCUUUUGGAGAUGUGUUGUGGGCCCACUUGGAUGACGAGGUGAGGAUGCUGGGCGCGGAGAAUAUGCGCCGGUUCUGGACCAAGGAGGAGAUUAUGGCCAUGCAGUGGUGA